GGUUUUCAUGCAUCAACUAUUCUUGGGAAUGACAGCAGGUACUUGGAAAACUUAACUUCAUUUUUGGAGCCAGUGAUCAAUAGUUCGGUCCGUAGUAGGUUUGUGAGGUGUUGGCACGCUAAAGAGGACGGCUGGGCGGCGUCUACGUUCCACGGCAACUGUGAUGACAAGGGACCCACUGUUACUAUCAUUCAAGUCGGCAGUUACAUAUUUGGUGGAUACAGUGACGUAUCCUGGAAAAGCCCACCAGGUGAGUACAUGUACUAGGAAAACCAGGACUAUCGUUUGUUCUUUGUUUAUGACUAAAGAUGUAGAAAGACGUACCUCGGGCCCCCAUUAGGCCAUUUUCAUAAUGACGUCCAUUAAAUAAAACUGUCAAAUUUUAUUUCGUUUCUUCUACCAGAAUUCAAAUCAAGUUAUCCCAGAAAGUUUAAAUAACAACAGCUUUAAUUUGCACAAGAAACAAAAUCUUAAGGAUUUUGAUAGCAGGGCAGUGGCGCUGAUCCAGACCUUCAGAUAAGGGAGGGGCCCGGUCAUCCAGACCCUGAGAUAAGGGAGGGGCCCGGUCAUCCACACCCUAAGAUAAGGGAAGGCCCGGUAUCCCAAAAAAAUUUUUCGGCCCCUCGGGCCUCGGUUUGGUCUAACAAUAAGGGGAGGGCCCGGGCCUCCCGGGCCCCUCCCCUGGUUCCGCCACUGCAAGGGGCUUACUAUUACAACCACUGGCGGAUCUAGGGGGAGGGUUUGAGGGGCAGUCCGGUCCCCCAUCAAUGUAUCCGUCAGAUAGGAAAAAAUAAUUUGUUUUGAUGGUCCCGGCCCAAUUUUGCUGAGUUAUACGGUGUAGGAUACGACAGAGAAUUUGUACAAAACCAAUGACAUAUAUUUUCAUCCAUGAGCAUUCGUGAGCGAGAAUUUUAUAUAAAUAUAGCGGUAGUGCACGGACUUUUUGGAAGAUUCCUAGAAGUUGAAUUUUUAUGUGCGGAGCCGGUUUCGCUUAGUAAGGUGAGUAAGAAUGUAAAAAGUUUUUGUUUAUCUCCUAGUUUGUAUGUAUGGAAAUUCAAGUAAAGCCUUCAUCUACUCACUGAACAACGACAACGGUUCUGGACACGUUGUGUACAAUCCUAUUAAGCUGCAAGUCCGGUCGUAUAGGCGCUCUUACGCUGUAUACUUGUGUGCUUCAACUGGACCAGCAUUUGGCAGUCACGACAUAUAUAUAUCAAACUACUCUGCAAGUAACCAGGAUUCUCACACUCUAUGUGGUCGAAGCUACCCCUUCCCCCUAGAAGAUUCUUUAUUCUUUCAUCAUCAUUAUUAUCAUUAUUAUUUUUGGCACCGCUGCACAUUCUAUGCUGGAGGGUUUCGCUUCACCCCAACAAAUAUCGAAGUUUUUUACGAAACAAUCACUUAA